AUUGAUGGGUGUAGGGCGGUGUGGCGAAUGAUGAGAUGAGGAAUCGAUAGAUCGAAUCUGUAUAAUAAUCAAAUAAUCUCUGCAAUGUCGUCGACCUCUUUGCAAACGAUUGGUGCCAUAAAGGCUUAUCAUCAUCAAGCUCAGCAUUUGGUUAACAACUACCUCUUGGCUGAUCCUUUUAUUCCUUACACCUCUGUUCUCACCGGCAUUUUCCUCUGCAAAGUGGUCUAUGAUCUUUGUCACUUCAUAAGCAACUCACAUUCCAAGACCUAUAUCAUCCUCACCAAGAUUCAACAAAUCGAAUGGAACAACCGUGGUAUCUCAACGGUUCAUGCUAUCUUUAUCUCCGCAAUGUCGCUCUACUUUGUCUUCUGGUCCGAUCUCUUUUCCGAUAGGUGGCACAAUGAUCUUGUUGUGUUCCGGAGCUCACGUCUUUCCUCUCUUGGUCUAGGGUUAUCCAUUGGUUACUUUAUUGCUGAUCUUGGGAUGAUUUUCUGGAAAUAUCCUUCUUUGGGUGGACUUGAGUAUAUUGUGCAUCACUCGCUAUCAGGGGUAGCAGUUGCCUACUCCUUGUUUUCUGGGGAAGGACAGUUGUAUACAUACAUGGUCCUCAUCUCCGAGAUUACAACCCCCGAGAUCAACUUGAGAUGGUACCUGGACACAGCUGGUAUGAAGAAGUCGAUGGCAUAUGUUGUCAAUGGCGUUUUCAUCUUCCUGGCUUGGCUGGUUGCUAGAAUCCUACUAUUCAUAUACAUGUUUUAUCAUGUCUAUCUGCACUAUAACCAGGUCAUGAGGAUGCACAUCUUUGGAUACGCUCUGGUAUUUGGAGUACCAGCUGCGCUCGGUGUCAUGAACUUGAUAUGGUUCGGUAAGAUUGUGAGAGGAGUAAAGAAAACAUUAGCAAAGAGAUGUGAAUGCUGAGAGAUUGGCGAGUCUACCUCACAAUGUUUUAUCAGAUAUCAUCUUUACUGCUUCUUUCUCCCCUCUGACAUAUAUGUCUGUCUCUCUAGUGUAAGUAGUUUUUGUCUGAUGGAGAAACGAGAAGAAACAAAAACAAAAAUGAUACUAUCAUCAGACGUCUCUGUAAAUGAUCAAAAUUCAUGUCAAAUUAUGUUUUUCAUUACAAGAUGUAACUCUGUUUUCAUUCUAAUAGUUUU